AUGUUGACAAGCUCCGGCCUUGACCUUGAGUCUCAGCAAACUGUGUUGCUACCGCCCAGAAAUCCUCCAAGAGAGCGUUGGCGCCGCGCAGUUUUUUUGAGCUUACAUGAGCGAAAUCUCAGACAUAGAGCUGAUGACAAAGGUUCUCUUGCUUUCCUCAGUUCUCUUUCAUCGCGCACUUCCUACUACAGUGCUUUUACCAGCUUCGAUGAUGAUACAAGAGAAGCAGAUAUUGUGGAAAUUUUAACUGAAUCACAUCAAAAUGUAAAUUUGGAUGGUGAGAAUGACAACUGUAUCAGAGAUGAAAAGGUACAACUCCAGCAAGAAAACAUUGCCAAGAUAGUAAAGGAGCAAGAUUUGGAUUCCAUACACAAGUUUGGAGGCAUCCAAGGAAUUGCAGAGGCUUUGGAUACUAAUUUAGAGAUGGGAAUCAUCCCUGCUGAUGUGCGCUCUCUAUUGCUGUCACUUGGCUUUGGUGUCAAGGCGGAAGGCCUGAGAACUGGUUGGUAUGAAGGGGUCAUCCUAAUUCUUGCCAUCAUCAUACUUGUGGUCAUUGAUUCACAACGUAAUCAGCGUCAACUUAAACAUUCCCAAAGGAUGUCAGGGAAGCAUAAACCAUUUGAAUUGCAGAGAAUGAUGGUCGAUGUUAUUAGAGGGGGAUGUUCACACAAAGUAAUCAUUGGCGAUAUUUUGAUUGGUGACCUAGUACGCCUAGAGAGGGGCUAUAUCGUCCCUGCUGAUGGUUUGUUCAUUGAUGGUGAAUCCUUGAAACUGGAUGAUGAUUUAGAGUCCACCAUUAAUGAGGAGAACCCUUUUUUGUUCUAUGGUGCAAAGGUGAUUGAUGGAAAGGGUCGCAUGCUAGUUGCAUCAGUGGGCAUGAACACUAGAUUGGGUGAUUUGAUGAAGCAGGUUACCCAUGUCCCCAAAAAGACCCCAUUACCAGCGCAAAUUGACAAGGUGAACAAAGGCUCACAAAUUUUUGGUCUUUCAAUAUCUAUCCUCAUCCUUGUAGUGUCAUUCCUCCGUUUUAUGCUUCUGAAGGAAGAUAUUAAGUCUAGCCAACAAGACCUCAAGGGGAAACCAAAGACAAUCAAAGAGAUAAUGGAUUCGAUUGAGAAAGUUGUGAUGAAACCAAAUGGGAAGAUUAGUACCUUAACGACUUCACUUGCUACAUUGCUGGUUGGAGUAAUGGAAGGAAUACCUUUUGUAAUCACGCUUGCCAUCUCUUAUUGGAAUAAGAAGAUGAUGUCUGAAAGUAGAGUUCUUAAAAAUAUGAAAAAUUAA